UUGUAAGAACAGCAAGAAGUGGCUCAUUAGAUGCCGAACAGAUGCAUUUAGCCCAAGCCAAAAUGAAACUGAGUGUGCUGAUUGUGUUGGUGUGUGUUUUUUCAGAAACAGAUAGUAAAGUUCAGGAAUUGAGAGUGGACGUGGACUUCCCUGGUAAUGAUGUUCUAGAGCUCUACUCUCCAGAUGUAAAUCACUGUCAACUUGCCUGCACACAGCACCAUUCCUGUCGCUUUUUCACCUUCUUUUCUGAUUGGAAAAAGGACCACAGGAAAUUCUUCUGCUACCUAAAGCACACAGAAUCUGGAGUCCCAUCUGUUGUUGUAGACCUGAAAGGAGUGACCUCAGGCUUCUCACUUACCCGCCAGGAGUACAAAACAUAUAGCUGCUUGUCCUCUAUAUAUCAGGGUGUAGAUUUUAGAGGAUCAGACUACCAUGAAUUAAAGUUAAAUAGUUAUAAUGAAUGCCAGGAGAAAUGCACCAAUGAUUCAGACUGCCAGUUCUUUUCAUUUGUAACUGAGAAGUUUCCAUUACCAGAAAAAAGGAGAACAUGCUAUUUAAAAUAUAGUUGGACUGUUCCAAUACUGCCACAAAUUGUACGCACACCUGGCAUUGUAUCAGGUUUCUCACCUUCACGAUAUAAGAUUAAAGAAACUACAAAUGCAGAAUGUAGGGGAGAAAUCCAUGCCAAUGUAGACUUCCCUGGCAAUGACUUACUAGAGAUUGCUUCUGUCUCAGCUCAACAUUGCCAGUUCCUAUGUAGCAUACAUCCCCAGUGCAACCAUUUCUCAUAUUCCAGUCAAUCCUGGGUUGAUAUGAUGUGUUUUCUAAAGUAUAAGCAAAAUCUAAACCAGAUUAGGUCUGUUCAAAAAAAUGAAGUACAUUCUGGAUAUGUACCACGCAACUGCAAGCCUUCAUAUGAUUGGACAGAAACACGCUAUGAAGACAUUGACUUCAAUGGCUAUGAUAACCUUGAUAUUUCAGUGGAUAAUUAUGAAACCUGCCGUGACAUGUGCAUAACUAACCCAGAUUGUCAAUUCUAUAGUUAUGUCUCAUCAUCUUACCAUCAUUCCUACAGGAAAAAAUGUUUCCUGAAGCAGGUACUGACUUUGCCCAAACCAGAGAAAGUGGUGUCCAAUCCUGAUAUCAUAUCUGGCUUUUCACUAAGGAACUGCAAGGCCAAUGAAGAUGAGCCUUCUCAAGACUUUGGCAUGGCAGAUUGUGGAAAGACUUUUAAUCUGUUGAAAAUUUUUGGAGGUGUAAAUACAUUACCAGGUAAAUGGCCGUGGCAAAUAAGCCUCCAAAGGGGCGGUAAACACAUAUGUGGUGGAUCAAUCAUUGCCAGCCAGUGGAUUAUUACUGCAGCACACUGUCUUACACAGCCAUACACACAGCUUUCUGUUCGGACUGGGUUGACUAAACUAUCAGAGAAAGGUACAGGGUAUGAGCUGGAAAACAUCAUUAUCCAUCCUCAGUAUAAUGAAAAUUCUUUAAUCAAUGAUAUUGCGCUAUUAAAAACAAACAAACCAAUUACAUUCAGUGAUUAUGUACGUCCAGUCUGUCUAAUGGAAGCUAAAAAUGAGCCCAGUUUUUUGGGGAAGAAGUGCACUGUGACUGGAUGGGGAAGGCUUUCAUCAGGCUCAUACCCAGACGUGCUGCAGGAAGCCCAGAUGCCUCUAAUGAGUACAGAGAAUUGUGCAAGUUUGUUAGCUAAUGACGGUUGGGGUAUUUAUAAAGUUCUCCCCACCAACCUGUGUGCUGGGUACCCUGAGGGUGGAAUAGAUGCAUGUGAUGGAGAUUCUGGGGGUCCACUGGUUUGUAAAGAUGAGGACAUGUGGUAUCUCGCCGGGCUGACCAGCUGGGGAGUGAAGUGUGGACAGCCCAACAAACCCGGUGUGUACACUCGUAUUUCCAGCUAUCUGCAAUGGAUCAGGAAUGCACUUGCAAAUGGUAAGGAUUAGUUCUAGACAGAAAAAACAACAGUGCCACACUUCUAAAUAUACAGUCAAAUUCAAAAUUAUUGCCACUCUUGGUAAAGUCAUGAAGAAUUUAUGUGUAAUGUACAGUGAUUAAGCAUAACAUUAUGACCACCUUCCUAACUGACUGGUCUGUGGCUAUGCAGCCCCAUACGCAACAAAAUGUGAUGCACUGUGUGUUCUAACACCUUUCUAUCAGAACCAGCAUUAACUUCUUCAGCAAUUUGAGCUACAGUAGCUCGUCUGUUGGAUCUGACCACACGGGCCAGCCUUCGCUCCCCAUGUGCAUCAAUGAGCCUUGGCUGCCCAUGACCCUGUCGCAGGUUUACCACUGUUCCUUCCUUGGACACUGACCACUGCAGACCGGAAAUACCCCACAAGAGCUGCAGUUUUGGAGAUGCUCUCACCCAGUCAUCUAGCCAUCACAAUUUGGCCCUUGUCAAACUCGCUCAAAUCCUUACGCUCGCCCAUUUUUUCUGCUUUUAUCACAUUGACUUUGAGGAUAAAAUGUUCACUUGCUGCCUAAGAAAUCCCACCUACUAACAGGUGCCGUGAUGAAGGGAUAAUCAGUGUUAUUUACUUCACCUGUCAGUGGUCAUAAUGUUAUGCCUGGUUGGUGUAUGUGUCCAUGGCAAACAUCAUGUUACAUUAUGCUACCAUACUAAGCAGGGUUUUUUGUUUUUUUUUUACUAAGCAAAGGCUUCAUUUCUGUGUUUUGGUCAUUGCUUUUGUCUGAAUUUGCUGUGUAAGACCUUGCAUGCUGGUAUCUUUGCCUUGUCUACUGUUUUUACGUUCAUUGACCCUUGCCUGGACUUUGAUAUGUUUUUGCCAGUGCCCUUAUGAUCUGUUUCAGUAAGGCUUUCUGAUCAAUGCCUUUGUUUGUGGUUACCAUCUAUGACUAAGGCUGUUUAUCUAUCUGUUAUCAGUAUUGGUGUGAUAAGUAGAUGUCUGUAUAGGCAUUGUCUGAUUCAUAAAGUCAGACACACUUUUGUCUUACUUAAUUUGUGUUUUUAAUUUUUCCCAUGUUGAUAAGUAUUAUAGAAAAUAUGGUCUUUGUGUCAUCAUAUACAAAUCAUGUAUGACUUAAGGCUUAAAAGAGAAAAAAAUAAAAAUUGAAACAUGCUUAAGUUA